UAUCGAAGUGCGGAGGCGCAGGCGACGGAUGGACCGACGGACAAAACUACAAAGCCCGGCUUUUUGCGCUGCUGCGAAUUCCGUGGAGUUUCUGACAGGGUGGACCAAUUCGGCAAUUCCAGUUCUCGGUGUCGGUGGAAGAGGAGAGAGCAGAGAAAGAUACGGUUUAUGCUGGCUUGCUGCCACUGCUGACCCCUCUCCUCAAAUUUCUCCUUCCCCUUUUAAUUUCCCAUUCAUCCCUAAUAUGAAUGAAUGAGAACUCAGCCACCAUCUUUGCUCUCCCUCGCCGUUGACGCUUCUGUCCUUCACCUCUCUCACUUCUCCGAUCUCUCUCCUCUCCCUGAUCACAUUCUGCUCGAUCUCUUCCUGAAGAGAACCUUGAGAGCUGGGAAGCUGAAUGAGAAAAUUCUGAAGCUUUUCUUGGCAACAGGCAAAGAAGAAGUGCUUUCUCUUAUUCAGACACUCAAUAUACAACACAUCCUGACUCCCGUCCUUCCCACCAAGUCUCCGAAGAUGUCUGUAGUCAACAACAUUGAAGAUGGUGAGAUUGACAUUGUGAUUGGAGCAUUGCACUCCGAUCUCAGGCCAUUUAUGAGUGCGUGGAAGUCGAUAUUUUCUCGUUAUCACUUGAUUAUUGUCAAAGACCCUGAUCUCAAGGAUGAUUUACAAAUAACAGAAGGUCUUUCUUUCAAGAUUGACAUCUACACAAAGUCUCAUAUUGACAAAGUAGUAGGCAGUUCCACCUCCAUUGCUUUCUCAGGUUAUUCAUGCAAGUAUUUUGGCUUCCUCGUCUCUCGUAAGAAGUACAUUGUCUCAAUUGACGAUGACUGCGUGCCGGCCAAAGAUGCCGACAGUAUUCUCAUAGAUCCAGUGGCUCAACAUCUGAGAAACCUUGCAACGCCAGCAACACCUUUCUUCUUCAAUACCCUUUAUGACCCUUAUCGUAAUGGGGCAGAUUUCGUUCGUGGACUUAGAUGCACCAACACAAGCACUGAGCCAGAAAAGAGGAACUCCCGUUAUGUUGAUGCAGUGAUGACCGUUCCAGCCAGGGUAAUGAUGCCAAUCAGUGGGAUCAACAUUGCUUUUAACCGUGAGGUGGUAGGGCCUGCACUAUGCCCAGCUCUGAGGUUGACUGUGGAAGGGAAGGUGAGAUGGGAAACAAUGGAGGACAUAUGGAGUGGGAUGUGUGUGAAGGUGGUGUGCGACCAUCUUGGGCUUGGAGUGAAAAGUGGGCUUCCUUAUGUGUGGAGGAAUGAUAGAGGUGAUGCCAUUGAGAGCCUGAAGAAGGAGUGGGAAGGCGUGAAACUAAUGGAGGAAGUGGUUCCUUGGUUCCAAUCAAUGGUGUUGUCAAGAACUGCAACCACGGCCGAGGAUUGUGUGGCUGAGAUGGCGAAAAGGGUGAAAGAGCAGUUGGGAGGUUCUGAUCCUGGGUUUGGUCGUGCGGCUGAAGCUAUGAUGGAUUGGGUGGAGUUGUGGAAGAAGGUUGGUUCUGGUCCUUCCCCAGUCUAG